AAGCCUCCACCAAUCAAAGAAAGGCACUCUGGGGCAGUCUUGCUGCUUCUGAUUGUCGUCGAACUACUUCUCUGUCUUCUGGCUACUUCCAAGUCUAAAGCAGAGGUGAGAAAUCAAGAUUUAGUGCUGCUCUUCUACGAAACGGGUCUGCUAUCACAUCCAGCUGUGAUGGAAUCUGUAACUUUAAUGAGUUAAUUUCCAUGGAAAUCCUGAGGGCUAAAACAGCCAAUAAAACUGAUGAUAGCUCUUGUUGCCAUGGAGAUAUUUCAUGCCAGAUGCUUUCGGUGCCUAGCAAUUCCUGGUUUUGUGAGGGCUUUGCAUAAAGAUUACAGAACAGCAACUCCUCAGAAUUUUUCCAGCUAUGAGUCCAUGAAAAAGGACUUCAAACUGGAGAUUCCAGAGUAUUUCAACUUUGCUGAAGAUGUCCUGGACCAGUGGACUAAAAUGGAAAAGGUUGGAAAGAGACCUUCCAAUCCAGCCUUCUGGUGGAUAAAUGGAAACGGAGAAGAGGUUAGGUGGAGUUUUGAAGAAUUGGGAUCGUUGUCCAGGAAAUUUGCCAAUAUACUUACAGAAGCUUGUUCCCUGAAAAGGGGAGAUCCAGUAAUUGUAAUUCUGCCCAAGAUCCCAGAGUGGUGGCUUGCAAAUGUGGCCUGCUUGCGAACAGGGACAGUUUUAAUUCCAGGAACCACCCAGCUGACCCAGAAAGACAUUCUCUACAGACUACAGUCUUCAAAAGCAAAGUGCAUUAUUACCAACGAUGUUUUAGCUCCAGCAGUAGAUGCUGUUGCAUCCAAAUGUGAAAAUCUGCACUCCAAGCUAAUUGUGUCUCAGAACUCCAGAGAGGGUUGGGUGAACCUCAAGGAGAUGAUGAAAUGUGCCAGUGACACCCACAGCUGUGUGAAGACUAAACACAAUGAGAUGAUGGGCAUUUUCUUUACCAGUGGAACAACUGGGCUGCCUAAGAUGAUUGGACACACCCACAGUUUUGGUUUAGGAUUAUCUGUGAAUGGAAGGUACUGGCUGGAUUUGACACCUUUGGAUGUGAUGUGGAAUACUUCAGACACAGGCUGGGCAAAGACUGCAUGGAGUAGUGUUUUUUCUCCAUGGAUCCAAGGAUCCUGUGUAUUUGUGCAUUAUUUGCCCCAUUUUGAACCAACUUCCGUCUUACAAACACUCUCCAAGUUUCCCAUCACAGUCUUUUGUUCAGCACCAACUGGGUACCGAAUGCUUGUACAGAAUGAUAUGGAAAGUUUCCUCCUGAACCUAACCUGUUUCCUGAGAACCUGGAAAUUCAAAAGCUUAAAGCACUGUGUGAGUGCUGGGGAGCCAAUCAACCCUGAGGUGAUUGAACAAUGGAGAAACAGCACGAGCCUGGAUAUCUAUGAAGGAUAUGGACAGACAGAAACGGUGCUAAUCUGUGGAAAUUUUAAGGGAAUGAAAAUUAAGCCUGGCUCAAUGGGAAAACCUUCUCCUGCUUUUAAUGUUAAGAUUUUAGAUGAAAAUGGCAAUGUUCUACCUCCUGGACAAGAAGGAGAUAUUGGCAUUCAAGUUCUACCUAAUAGACCACUUGGCUUUUUUACUCAUUAUGUAGAUAAUCCUUCAAAAACAACUUCAACUCUACGAGGCAGUUUCUACAUCACUGGGGACAGAGCGUAUAUGGAUGAAGACGGAUAUUUCUGGUUUGUUGCAAGAUCCGAUGAUAUUAUAUUAUCCUCUGGUUACAGAAUUGGUCCAUUUGAGGUAGAAAGUGCCCUUAAUGAACACCCUUCAGUCGCGGAGUCAGCUGUUGUCAGAAGCCCAGACCCCAUCAGAGGAGAGGUAGUAAAGGCUUUUAUUGUUCUGAACCCUGAUUACAAGUCACAUGAGCAAGAACAACUGAAAAAGGAGAUUCAGGAGCAUGUAAAAAAAACUACAGCACCUUACAAAUAUCCCAGAAAGGUAGAAUUUAUUGAAGAGCUACCAAAGACUGUCAGUGGGAAGAUAAAAAGAAAUGAGCUGAGGAAAAAAGAAUGGAAAACAACUUAAAUUCAUUCCAUUAAUCAUCAUAGUAUCUAUAAAACAAACAUGGUAUUUACAAAUCUAUAGAAUCCAUAAGAUUAUGAAGAGGCGAUAAAAAGGUUAUGGCGGUAUGCUUACAAACUGUUGAAUGAAGACACUUUAUGGUUACAAAAUCAGAGGCUGAAUUUUGAAAUAAAAUAUCCAGUAAAUUA